AUGCACAUGAUGUCCCAGGAUUCAAGAUCAACCACUGCGCCCGCGCCGUUCAACAAAUCCACAGCGAGCAUCAUUCUUCGUACUUGCGAAAACGUCGAGUUCCGUGCCCAUAAGGAGGUGCUGUCCCUUGCAUCGCCCGUCUUCGAGGACAUGUUCGCUGUUCCACAGCCAAGUGUCAUGGCGCCUGAGGAUGUACAUGCAGAAACUGGACUUCCUGUAAUAUCCGUCACCGAGACAAGCCAGACUUUGGACACCUUGUUGCGUCUGUGCUACCCAAUGGACGAUCCGGUCCUGGAAAAUGUGGAUGAUGCAUGUGAGGCAUUGGAAGCCGCGAGGAAGUAUCAGAUGGAUGCCAUUGGGACCAAGCUCAAGAUGGCUUUCGCGGGCUUCGUUUCAAAGUCCCCAAUUCGCGUGUAUGCUAUCGCAUGCACUUUUAAGCUCGAAUCUGAAGCUUGGGCGGCAGCGGACGCGAGCAUGAAGAUGCGGACAUUUGAUUAUGAGCCUGCACUUGACAAGAUAUCUGCGGGAGCAUUCUAUCGUCUCCUGCAAUACCGCCGGAAUUCGACUUCCUCGAGAACGCGAAGCAUUACUUCCUUCAUCUUUUGCCCAAGGACGAGAGAACAGCCCUCUCCUGACCCAUCGCAAAUUCCGCUUCAAUCCCAUUCGUUUCCGGUCUUCGUAGGCUGGGCCAAGCGAACCGCUCCUCGUAUUCCUUCGCCUCCAAGUCAGACCAUCGAGACAAGGCGAGAGUGUUCAAUUGAUGGGUAUUUCCCACUAUCCUUCGCCGCUGAAUCCACUUCCACUUGUCACAUCGCGGCGGACAUUAUUCUGCAGUCGUCUGACAAUAAAUAUUUCUAUGUCCACCAUUGUAUCCUGGCAAUGGCAUCACCAAUUUUUCUGCAGAUGUUACAAGACCUCGAGGCUAACGAAAACCGUUCUUCCGAUUCGCAGGAGAACUGUCGUCAAUACGCAGUACCUGAAGAUUCGGCCACACUAUUGCAACUUUUACAUUUCUGCUAUCCGUCGGGCAUCGAAUACUUCCUCGCCGAUAACCUGAUAGCAGUACACGCUGUUCUCGAUGCGGCGAGGAAGUAUAAGAUGGGCCGUGCAGAGAGAUUUGCAAAACAGAAAUGGUUACGACUCAGCACAGACGAACCUUUACGAGCAUACUUCACGGCGAUGGGGAAUGGCUGGGAGACGGAAGCAAGAGAAGCAGCAUGCCAUCUAUUUUUCCAGCAGGACGACCAGUACGUUUCGGAAAUGGAGACUGUCUCCGCGGGGGUGUAUCACCGGCUACUCGUCUUCCGAAAACGCUGCAUGGAAGCCCGAAUCCUGGGCCUGGGUAAAAGCAGAGGUCCUGACGACCGGGAUCAUUGGAGCGGCGUGAACUACGGCAGUAAUUCAAGUGCUCGCGACAAUUUAUACAAUGACUAUCUACUCGCCUUGGACAACCAAAACGAUCUGCUUACCCAUAAAUCGGAGGAGCCUCAAUGGAAGACUAAGGGACAAAAAAUCAUCGAAACGUUUUUGCAAGUUGAGUUCUAA